UUAACAAAAAUCAGUUAUUAAACGAAACACGAAAGUCACGGAAUUCAGUUGAGUUGAACAUCAACAGGUGUUAAAAACGUGUUAAGGAUUGUGUCGGGCGAUUUGGAAAUAAAUUUCAGAAGAGUAAAAAAAUAAACCAAAAAGAUUGAACAAAAGCCAGAAGCAGCAAAACGAUCAUUGAGAAAAAAAGAAAUAAAAAAGUUUUUUUUUACAGAAUUAAAGUUAUAAAAAUUGAAAACACAGUAAAGAUUCUGAAACAAAAAAUUAAUAAAUAAAAGCUCAAAGGAUUUUACGCAAAGCAAAUCAAACAACAAUAACAACUACGCAAAAAGAAAUUCAUUUUCAAGGAAUUUAAGAUACCAAUUUGGGGCAUAAAUUGUUUAUUUGUUACCUCAGGGGUAUAUAAAUAAAUAUAAUUCUUAAUUAUAAGUUUUCCACCCAUUACACCAUGUCACGCCAGUCCAGACUGGUGCUACUCCUACUCCUCUCAAUAGGGGUAUGUCAUGUAGCCGUCUCCAGUACACCACAUUCGUUGAAUAUCGUUCGCGAUGCUAUACCCGAUGAUCAGUUGGAUUUGAAUGAUGACAUAUUGCCGGACGAACCGGUUAAACAUGUCGAAGAACAACCACAACAACACAUACGCAUUUCAACACCCAAAGUUAAAGAAGUACCGAUUGUAUCGACGGCCAGCUCAAAGAGUGAAAGUUCUACGGCGGCUACAACACAAAAAACCCUUAGCGAUAAUACCAUCAAUGAUUUGGUCGAAGCAGCUAAGCAUUCGGAAGCUUUGUCCAAGGAUGAAAGAUUCCAAAAACUCGUUGCCAAGAAGUUGAACAGUACCUCAAGCACUUCAACAACAACCACUACCGCUAAGCCAACUGAGGAGGCCUAUGAUGACAGCUAUGAUGACAAUUAUGAUUACGAUGAUGAAUACAAUUAUGACGAGACAACAGCAACACCCACCAAGAAGUCCAAGAACAAGGCCAAGAUGACAACAGCUUUGCCAAAAUUGCAAAAGAAACCGAUUGAGACUAAAGUAAUGAAGGGAGAAACCAAGACCUCCACCGCCAAGCCUGCGCUCGAAGACAACAACAAAGAAUCGAAUACCAUUGAAUUCCACGAUGACAACAUUUUGAAUGCUAACGAGCAAGACGACGAUGAAGAUGAUGAUGACAAUUACGAUGACGAAGAUGAUGAUGAUGACGAUUUCGACAAUGACAACGACAUUAAUGACGAUGAUGAUACUAACUAUACCGAUAGUGUACCCUGCCCCCGCUAUUGUGUCUGUGAACGUAAUGUCAACAGCUACUUGGUGGCCUAUUGUAGCCGCAUUGACACUGGUACCCAGAAAUUCGGCAAAGAUAUUACCGAUUUGGUUGUCACCGAUGUUGGACCCAAAUAUCCCAUACUCUUGGGACCAGAGUUCUUUGUGCAGCUGGGCUUGAAACGUGUCUCCUCAAUUAAGAUUUCCAACUGUACCAUUGAAUAUUUGCAUCCCGAUGCCUUCAAGGGUUUGGACGAUUUGUACUCCGUUAAUCUGACCAAUGUUGGUUUGGCCAUUAUCAAUCCCGAUACCUUUGCCAACAACAAGAAAUUGCGCAUGUUGGCCAUUACAGGCAAUGAUUUGAGUGUUAUGUCCAGUGUCCAUUAUUUGCUGAAGUCCUCCAGCAUUGAAGAAUUGGAUUUGUCACGCAACAAUUUAAUGGAAUUGAACCCCAAUGCCUUCAGCCAGCUAUCCAAUGUAGUUUACAUCAACUUGUCGCAAAACAACUUGCAAAAGAUUCCCGAUCAUGUGUUCGACACCGUUCAGACCAUCGAAGAAUUGGACUUGUCCUAUAACUCGUUGAAGACCCUGCCUCCCGGUAUCUUCAACAGCACCGCCUUGGCAAUUUUGCACUUGAAAUACAACUCCAUCUCAAAUGAUUUGCGUUUUGGUACCUCGGACUUGCAACAGCUGGACUUGAGCUUCAAUCAAAUUCACACCAUCCACCAUGGCAUGUUCGACAAAAUGACCAGCUUGACCAAUUUGAUCUUGAAAGGCAAUGGUCUGACCAAAAUCCAAGCUGAUUCCUUCUUGACCCUCAAGAAUUUGCGUCACAUUGAUUUGUCCAUCAAUGAAUUGGAACAGGUGUCGAGCAUGAUGUUCUACAAGAAUUCCGAAUUGGAUGUCAUCCGUUUGAACGACAAUCCCCGUUUGAGCCAGUUGCCCACCGAUGGUUUCCGCAGCUACAAUGGCUAUUUCACCGUCUAUUACUUUGACGUUUCCAAUUGUGCCAUUAGCUCCUUGGGCCACAGAACCUUCUCGACCAUGCCUCAUUUAGCCACCCUGAAAUUGGCCUGGAACAACAUCAAUAAUUUGGAUCAUGAUACCUUUGCCAGUUUGAAGAAGUUGGUUGAUUUGGAUUUGAGCAAUAACCUGAUUGCCAAAUUGGAUGAGUUGAUCUUCACCUACAACAACGAUUUGGCCAAGUUGAAUUUGGCCGGCAAUCCCAUACACAAAUUGUCUGUACGCCUAUUCUUGCCAUUGAAUAAGUUACGCGAAUUGGAUGUAAGCGAUUGUGAACUGAAGACCUUGUUGAGUGAUAACCAAUAUGGUGUGGGUCGCAAAUAUAAAUUCUAUGAAACUCUGCGCUCGUUCAAUGUCUCCUCCAAUCAAAUCCACAAAAUCCAUUCCAGUGAUGUGCGUCAAUUCAAGAACCUCAGAAGUUUGGACAUUUCCAUGAAUCCCCUGAAGUGUAAUGAAGAUUUCCAAGAUUUCAUCAGCUAUGUAUCGCUCAACACGCAAAUGAUGCCACACAAGGUGUUGAGUUUGGAGAAUUUGGACAGUGACUCGACUGUGUUGCAGCAUCAAGCUCAGGAUGGCUGGUCCGCUUUGGCGCAUGAGGUGUGCAAACACGAAGAUUUCUCACACAAAAAGCAUUUGGGCGAUAACAAGAUCGAAGAACGUUUGGAUGAGAAUGAAAAGGACUUAGAAGAAGAUGCCAAGAAUCUUUUAAGCAUUAUGGAAAAGAAACGUUUGGAUAAGAUUAUGAGAGAUUCGCGUAAAUCUUUCCAUGAUGUUAAAGUUGAAGAUUUCCCUAAGGCCGACAAAGAAAAGGAUGCUGAUGAUAACAACGAUGAUGAUUAUGUCUACGAUGAUGAAGAUGACAAUAAUAAUGAUGAAGACGACAUCGAUGAAAGCGAAGACGAAGAAGACGAUGAUGAUGAUGAAUCCUAUGAUGUUUACAAUAAGAAGGCGGACAUUUCAAAGGACAUCAAGGAUCAUGGCAUUCGUGUUGAAGAGGUUGAUUUGGAAAAGGAAACCCUGGAUGAACGUUUGUUGAACAAAUUCAAGAUUCUCAAUGCCAAGCGCAAACAAUACAGCGAAGAAGAUGAUGACAAGGAUGACGACGAAGAUGAUGAUGACGAUGAAUAUGAAGAACGUUUUAUCGAACGCGGUCGUAUCUACUAUGGAGGUUACAGCUUCUUUGUGCCAGUCAUUAUUAUUGUUACUUGUGUGCUGAUCAUCCUUUUGGCCAUUGCCAAGAUUGUAUCGAUGAUUAUGCGUAAACGUGGCGAACGUUAUCGUAUGUCAUUGUUGCAGGCUCGCAAUAAUUCCAUUGUCUAUCAGAAGCUUUCAGAGGAUAUUGUGCCACCCAAAGAGCCAAAACAACCCAAAGUACAUCGAUAUGCACCGAUUAGCAGUGCCUAAAAGAAAAAAAAAACAAAUGGGGAACAAAUGUUAAACAAUAGGCUUGAGAGACUCUAAAACAAGACAAGAAGAACUAAUGUGAGCAGUAGCCGAAACUUUUCCAACAGAGGUUUAGAGUUUUUUUUUUUUAAUUUUUAUUUGUAGAUUUAUUCUUACAAAAAAAAGACAACACUAUUUUUUUUAUUAAAUUAAAGUAUUUUACAGCUCAUGUUAGCAUUUCCAGGGAGAAAGUAAAAUCCCACACCCAAAUUUCCACUUACUUUUUUUUUUUUUGAUUUUGUUUGAGCUACUAAAAAAAAACUUUGAUGAGAGUUUAUAUUAGCGUUUAUAUAUAAAUAAUAUUUUAUAAAACAAAAAAAAAACAUUACCAUACAUAAAUUAAAUAAUUAAUUUGUAAUAAGUUAAGAUUGAGUUAUUAACUAUUUCCAAGAGAAUUCCAAGAAAGAAACAAACUGAAUAAAAUACACAAAAAUCAACACCAACACAAAGACACGUCUAUUUCCCUUAUUCCAUAAACUUUAAAAAGAGAAUAAAAUAAAAUAGUUUCAUUCUGGCAAAAAGGCUUAAAAUAAACGUUUUUUUAGGUAGGGAUCUGUUUCUGUAUGACGAACGAAGAACCUAAUUCCAAAUGGGAAUUUUAAACACUCUUUCCAUUAUUGUCGGAGUAGAGAAACAGAUGCUAAAACACAACUCAGAAUAAAUCUAGAGUUUUUGAACAGAAUAACAAUUAGGAAAUGAAGUCAUUAUACAAAAAUUGAGUUCUUCGCCAUUUUAGGACGGUACACCACCAACCUAGGUACACCAAUUCUCUUGGGUACACUUUGUUUCCGAAACACAUCGAACUUAAAAAUCGCUUAUUCGACAGUCGAUUAUACCAAUCAAAGAAAUUUUUUGCACAACAUAGUAUUAACAUUCCCCGUUAACUUUCAAUAACACCCUCCACACAAACCGAUUCCCCAAACUUCACCCAUAGUAUUAGAUUUUCUCAAUAAAAUUCCAAUUUCAUUCUGAAUAAAACCACUUUCCUAUUUCUUUGUAUAGCUAAUGAUGGUCCCCCAAAAAAUUGGUUAACCCCCCACCACAUAAUUCGUACUUAGUUCAUUUUAUUUCAUUUUGUUGUUUCCGGACAAAAUGUUCUUUAAAGUGAACCAGUUUUCAUAUUAUUUCAACAUUUUAUUGAAAAAAAUCUAUAAAUCCACGAUAUAAAUAGAAAAUUAAACUAAAAAUGCAUUUAGUCUCCAAUAGACACUUGAGUUGUUGUACCACCAAAAUUUUUUGCUUCCAAGUGCCAUUUGUUUUGGUUGGUAGUCAAAUAUCACUUCAAAUCAAAUUAUCUAAAAAUGUAAAACAAA